UAUUCUUCGAAAGGGUUUGUCCCUACUCUGAACGGAUUUUUCGAGUCAUCAGCCGAUGGACGGUUAGCACUAGGAGCUUUUGUAGAUGAGAUUCGCCUGCCAGUUGAAUCUGAUGACUUGGUGCUCAAGGUGCUACGAUCAGCGAAUGGGUUAAGAUCAUCAUCGUCUUCAAAAGGAUUGCCAUCACCUCUGUUAGAAUCGGCUGGUGACACAGCAGUGGAUCCCUUUUUCUGAGAAUUCUUCUUCGACAUAUCGAAUACUCCACUUCGAAUAUACUUUGAUAUAACUUCCAAUCCAUUGACAGCUCCAUUCAACCUUCAAGGAGCUUUAUGAUUAGGUUUUCGUCAACUGCACCUUCGACUUUCGAGACAUGAACCAACGUAUCGAGCCACAUUUCCUUACUCUUUUCAGUGUUACACAAAUCUAUCGCUUCGGAGAGCUUGUUGCCUUCGAGAUAGUACUGUAGCAAUUCUUUUUUCCUCCCAAGUUUCUGUAGAAUGUGCUGCAUGA